CAAGUUUCACCCUAUUCGCCUUUCUUUUACAUGGCUGCCAUUGAGCUGUAAGCACGUGUACACUGAACUAAUUUUUCGUUUGCUGUGGUUAAAAAUACGCUAUUAAAGAUGCCUCUUGCUGUUGAUUUACUUCACCCGACUGCCGAGAGCCAACGCCGCGCUCACAAGAAGAAGCGUUUGGUGCAACACCCCAACAGUUUCUUCAUGGAUGUAAAGUGUCCCGGAUGCUAUGCCAUCUCAACAAUCUUUUCCCAUGCCCAAUCCGCUGUACCAUGCAAAGGGUGCUCGACCAUCCUGUGCACUUCCACUGGUGGUAAGGCACGUCUGACCGAAGGAUGCAGUUUCAGGCGCAAGCAACAUUAAGAAACCAAUGUUUGUUUCUUUUUUUUGUAUAAUUUAAUAAAUAAAUUAAAUCAUA